AUGCGUAAAAUGAAUUUAAUUGUGGCUAUGGACAAGGACGGUGGUAUCGGCAAAAAUGGGCAGUUACCUUGGAGGCUUCGAGAAGACAUGAAGUAUUUUGCAAAAACGACCAAGGACACUAAUGACAAAUCGAAAGUUAUCCGAUUCAGCUUUGGCUAACGAAAUUUUUGAAGUUCUCAGAGAAACGCAGUUAUUAUGGGGCGAAAAUGCUGGGAUAGUAUCCCGCAAAAAUUUCGACCACUUCCUCACCGUUUGAACAUCGUUUUGAGUAGAUCUUUGCCUGAAAAACAGUCCGAAAAUUUGAUAAUCUGGUUGGUAUUUAUUUAUUUUUGUCGAAGUCUCAUUAUAAAAGUUAAGAUUCAAUUUUUUCAGCGAUGACAUGAAGAAGGUUUCUGAAAUUCUUGCAUCUCCUCCUUAUGCGAAUAGUAUCGAAACACUAUGGAAUAUAGGCGGUUGCGAUGUUUACAAAUACGCAAUAAACAAUGAUCUUGUGGACAAUUUAUUUGUAACAUUCAUCAAAAAGAGGUUGGUUUUUUUUUCCCAUUUAUGUUUCGACCACCAUUUUCUCAGCUUUGAUGCCGAUGUGAAGCUUGAAGACAUUUGUUUCGACAAUUUUCAUGAAGUCACGGAUCAUGAAUAUUUCAAUAUAGAGCAAGAAGAAGACGGCACAACAUUCGUGUUUAAAAGAUUCAAGAGAAACGAUAAAUUCAGCUAGUAAUCGGAUCGUAUAUCUUGUUCUCAAGUUUUUUCUGUACGAUUUGUAUGUAUAUGUUGUUAUUAAACUAUAUUUUGGCAUAUCUUUGUAGAGUGUUUAAGGUAGUAACGCUCAAGACGUGGGAUAGAGAUAAGAGGGCUUACUAAAAAGAAUUAUUUAUUUUUAUUUGAAUAUUCUCGUAGUAACCCCUUAAAUCUAUCUACCACUUGUGCGUGAACUCUUGGAACUUGAAGCGUUCCUUGAAUGGUUUACCGCCAUGUGAAUACUUUGAUUUUCCUUAGAAUCAUUCAAUAUUUAAUCCAUUUCCAGAAGUUUGGUUGGAAAAUGGUCAAUAACAAAGGUAAGAAACGCGGUGGAGGUGGCGAUAAUUCGAAAAGCGGCUCUUCACACAGCGGAAGCACGAGUGGACGAUUAUCUAAUGGCGAACGCCGACGCGAUCAUGUCUCCGUACUUUUGAUUGUAGUUUAUUGUACGUCUUGCCUUUCAGGUGCACGGAAAUGGACUUAGAGAACAUAAAGAAAAGGAAUUUGCACGGACCGCCCCUAGUGAUGACGGCGGCGCCUACAACCAUAGCGAAAAAACGGAAAGGUACUUUUUUGUCCUAGGAUUCUGUUUGCAAACAUCCAAACGUAAAAGUACUAUGCAAACUCGAUUCACAGGACACCUUAGAAUGUUAGGGAAAUUAUAACUAACCUUGAAGCGCUACCCUGAAAUGAUUUUUCAGCUCAGUACUUUUAAUUAGGCUCACCUUUUAUAGGAUUUUUAUUUAGUAUUUUGUAAAAAAAAAAGUAACUCAAUUUUAUUGCAGGGAAAGUCAACGUAAAUAUGAAAAAGCGAACGGAACAUUCUGGCAAGAUGCAAAAAACGGGUCGGAAGUUUCUGAAACAUCUCGAGUCAAACGAAAUGAAAAGGAAAGCCAAGCUCCGCUUGUAGCUGUCAGCUCUACUGCUUCGCAAACGGCCUUCUUCACUGGUGAUGUUAUCCUGGCAUAUCUCGAGGUUUUUUUUUUCAACCUUUUUCCUUUGUAGCCUCAAAAAGAUAUAGUUUCCCUUUUAUGGGUUUCUUGAAAAUAAGUAAGGAAUAAAAGCUGGUGAAAAUUUUCAGCAAACGAUGUGGGAAAAGGUGGAGAUCAUUUGCGAGUUGGUGCCACUCCUUAGCCCGGUGGACCUGCGUCUUCUUGCAAGUUGCGUCGAAGCUGCCGUGCGAGCCAAUUCACAAAACGUCAAGCAUCUGGAGUCACGAGCCAACUCAGCACAGCCGCUUUUGUGUUUUCCGCAGCCUUCCACUUCUUAUUCUAUCGCGUACGAUUUUUAUCUCUUGAAAUUUUUAGAGAAAAUACCGAAGACCAGCUGACAAGGAGUUAUAUAUAGGUUUGGUUAGGCUUCUUGUAUGAUGGAAACGUGGGAAACAUUUGAAAAAACAUCAUUUGGGUUAGGUUCUUUUGCAUCGGAUGGUAUCCGCUCUUCACACGAAUUGAAAAAAAGGCGACUGUGGUCGCGAAAAUUCGGUUUUAAAAUUUUUUCAGUGAAAAAGUUACAAUCAAGAAAAGAUCCAUGCUGAACUCCGAUUCUUUUAAGAUCUAUUGUUUUCUCAACUGUCAUUUUUUCACAUUAUUAUUUUGAAUUUCGGAAUUUUCGAGUUUCUUUCAAACAUUUUAAUAUGAAGUUUUCAGGGCUGGCGGUACACCAUCGCUUUUCGAGAUUUUGGAUGCUCUCUACACGAUGAUCGCCUUGUUGAAUCCGAACAAUCGUAGGUCGGCUUUCCAGUUCGCCCGCUACGUCGAUAGUCUCGUCAUGGCGGAAAGACAGUCGCACUUAUCCCGUAUUCCCCAGAAAGAAGACCAGCUGCGCGCCAUCGAGAUGAUGGGACGCGUAGGUAGGAGAAAAUCGUAAUGUCCUAAAUAAUUGUGUGUGCGACAGCGUCGGCGUGUGUACACCAUCCGGCUUUUGCCAGCAAUGAGCGUCUUCGGUUUGUCGUCGCGCGGGAAGAGCUUCGCUGCGAGGUGGAAAAACUCUGCGAUGAGCUGGAGCUUUCCGACAUGACCUCGAACGUUCCUCGCGAGUCUCCUGAACUUCCGAAGAUGCGGUCGACGCCGUCGCCCACGAGUCCCUCACAGUCUCCUAAUGCGCCCCUUGUUCCUUUCUCUUCGAUGGUUUUCGUCUACAUUCGACGCUUUGUCGGCAGCCAAGUCGAACCCAACGAUCAGAAGAACUUUCACAUCCAGGUUUGUUACUGUUUCAUCUUGUAAAUUCUCUAAAGUAUGCUGCACGCCGCAAACUAACGAAAUUUCAUUCAACUCUAUUUCUCAAGACUUCAGAAAAGACAAAAAACGAAUGAUUUGUCAUUGUGAAUGCAUUGAGCCGGUGGAUAUGUAGCUCUUUCCGUACAUUAUUUUCUGAAAAAAAAUUCACAGCAACUUUAAUAAUAUCAGCAGCGGAGAGAUGGAUAAAUAAAACUUAAGUGUGAUUAUUGUCGGAUUCAAUCUUAGAACGAAUUAUGAUACCUUUCUCAGUUUUUGAAAUGUUAAUGUUUGACUAAAACAUUGUAUGAACUAUUUUUUAAUAUUCUUUUGGAUUGCAAUAAGAUUCGGAUGGCUUUCAUUUUGAAAGCCCUUUUUAGAUGAUCUGGAGUGAUGGCGAGAGAACUUGGACGCAGCGGACGCGGGAAGAACUCAAGGACUUGCACUAUCGGCUGCUCGAUACUUUCGGCGACGAACGCAAGGAGGUCGAUGCACUGACGACGUCGAUGGCGGCGAGCGUUCAGAUGGCCAAGGAGCAGGGCACUGCGCCCAGUUACUUUACCGAGUCUUGCGCUUCCAUGGCUACUAGCGUUAAAGGCGAAGAAAAGUCUAGAAGCGCUUCUACGUCGGUAAAUUCGUCAAAUGCGGAAGGUAAUCGAAAAGGGACGGCUUUUUUUAUUUCUGCGUUUCAGCCUCUUCGAGGAGAAUUCUCCCUUACUUUGACUACCACGCCGAUGCGAGCAGCAUAGUUCAGUAUAUCAACGACUUGUCUGAUUUGCCUGCGCGGAUGAUGCUCAGCGCAACGAUGUACGAAGAGUUCCACGCAACCAGAAUGAAGACUUGCGACGUCCAAGUGGUACAAUUUGUUCUGAAUGAGCUUUAAAGUUGCCUAAGUGGACUUCGAAGACAGAAUUUUUGUAGUCCGAGAAGACGAAUUCGCGGAGCGUGACGAGAACACCACCCGUGAGGAGACAUUCGCAGCCGUUGUCUUAUCCGCACACCUCUUCUUACGCGGAGCAGGCCAUGUCCUACGGUGUUCUUCCAGUACAACACAUGCAGGUGUAUCAGGUGUGUUCGAAAAGUUCCGAAAUAUGAGAAAAUGAAAUUGGCAUCGCAAGUCUUUUCCCCGAUAGUGCAAUAGCCUUUUUUCAACUUCAUUAGGCGUUUCAGAUACAAUCUUUGUCUUGAAAAGGGCCAAAUAUUUGUGCAAAAGGAAUUUUUAGGUGGUCGAACCCUCGUGCAGCAACUGUGCUGAGAAUCAUCCUUUCGUUUUCUGCAAUAAGCCGUCUUUCAUUGAAAAACAGCGUGAAUGUAAGUUCACACUCCGCAGAACCUUGUCACAACUCUAUCUAGCCACCGACUACAAGAUGGACCUCAGUCCGAUCGCGACACCCAUGCAAAUGCCACUUCCCGUCGGGCAACAAGUAUCAUCAGUGCUACCAAAUCUGACGAGUGGCCAUUACUUAGUGCCUUUCCAGCAGCAGCAGAUCCCGCAUCCCUUCGCCAUUCGCCGCCCUCCAGUUUCUAGCUCUGAGGUUCCGCUUCUCGAUGGUUUUCCUAUUAACACCACCGGUUUCAACCAGCACAGUGCAUCCAGAUGA